AUGGCACGCAAAACUUGCCUGACGACCUCUUGGCCUUUCAAAGUGCUUUUCAUUCUUUACUUCCUCCCGGUCGCGAUUUUCCGCCUUCUGUUCUACUUCGCUUACUAUGCCUUUCCGCGUUCGCGUCCCCGUCGCUGGCCCUACAGACGCUGCAUCUCAAUCGCGAUAAUCAAUCUCUCCACUGAGCUGGUUUACGGGAUAGAACACAAAGCCAAACUGUCCCUCGAUCCAGGGAAAGAAGCCGACCGAUUCAUCAUCGUCGAGCCCGGCCUGGACGAUAUUUGUACUGGUAUUCUUGACAAUUCUGAAGUCAAACCCGCCAGGAUAGGCGCAGUCUGGUAUCCAAGGCCAUACAACCCGACAGGAACUCCCAUGAACGUUGUCCUUCACUUCCACGGAGGCGCAUACAUGUUGGGCAAUGCUCGUGAAGACACAUGCGGGUUCAGUGCCCGCUCCCUGAGCCAAAACUUCGACGACGCCCUGGUCCUCUGUCUGGACUAUCGUUUGGCAAAUACACCAAACGGCCGCUUCCCCGCCGCCAUCCAAGAUGCAGUCACAGCCUAUCGCUACCUCAAUCAAGACCUCGGCAUCGACCGAUCGCGAAUAAUACUCUCUGGAGACUCGGCAGGCGGUAACCUGGUUCUGGCACUUUUGCGUUACCUUGCCGAUCAUCCAGGCCUGUUGCCUCUGCCUAGAGCGGCACUUCUCUGGUCUGCCUGGGUCAAUCUCUCUGACUUGAAUCACAUCAAUCAGAGCGCAAACAAGACUAUUGAUUGUCUCAAAGUGAAGCUCUUAGAAUGGGCUGUGGACAAGUUGACUGAUAAUGGGAACAUUGUGCCAAGCUCACACCACUAUCUCUGCUUUGCACAGUCUCCUUUCCAUGUCGCGGUGCCUCUUUGGGUUAUGGUCGGGACUGCGGAGAGCUUCUAUGAGUCUAAUGUUCAAUUUGUGGAGGAUAUGCGUGCUAUUGAAAAUGUGGUUCAUCUCUAUGAGCUGCCGGAUGCACCGCAUGAUGCGUUUAUUGCGAGAAGGAUGUAUGGUAUGCAGCGGGAGGUGGAGGAGGCGAGUAUGAAUGCGUGGGAGUUUAUCCAGAGUGGUUGA